CAAGUGGAACAUGCUGAGAUAGAGCCUAGCACUAUGCUGGAAGAUUUGAAGUACUUUGCUAAAGUUCGAACAUAUCAAUUAACUACUCUUGGAUUUACCUCUGUCGUGUUCUGUACGGGAUCUGCCAGUUGGUGGACACCGCAGAUGAUGACUUUUGCUUAUGGUAUUCAGAAUAAUGUAGACGAUGUCCCGAAAGAUGAAGUGACGCACAUCUCAGUCACGUUUGGGAUAAUCACUUGUUGCGCAGGAAUCAUUGGUAUCAUAACCGGUUCAACCAUUGCCCAGAUCUUCAUGUUUUUGGCGGUCACUAGCAUGUGCUUCAACUUCGCGGUAAAUAUGGAUAUUCUAAUGUAUGUGAUCGUUCCAAACCGCCGUGCUACAGCGACGGCAAUCCAGUCUUUAUUCUCGCACUUAUUCGGUGAUGCCUCCUCUCCGUACAUCAUUGGAUUCAUCUCGGAUAGUAUAAGAGGCGAUCGCACUACAUCCUUGGCGAGGUAUUACGCCUUACAAUACGCUAUGUUUUUACCCAAUGCAGUCUUGAUAAUAAGCAUAGGAUGUUAUCUGUGGGCAACUUUUUACGUUGUCAACGAUCAUCACCGAGCCAAAGAAGAUAUGCACGCAAUUAUUCUUGGAGUUUCAGUAGAGGAUGAAUGGAGUAGUGACGUUGAAACAUUAGCGUCAAAUGUUCGAAGAACGCUUAGCGACACAGCUGACAAUCCUAUCGAGUGA